GUCUUCACAGUUAACGAUACUGUAAAUUCCGCGCAGAUAACAUAAUGUAUUCGUUCAAAGAGAAGUAUUUGUGCUAACACUGUCUCAACCUGUUGAAACUCGAUGGUCGCAGUCCGAUACUUCAAAAAACACUCGCAUGAAAAUAAAAUCGCAGGGUCAAAGGUGUACAAUUAGUUGCUUAUUAUGGAGGAAGAAGAAACUCUACAGUCCAAACAAAUUGUUUGUCUGGAGAAAGAGGGAGGUUCUGCCUCUAAAAUGAGUAUUUAUGGAGAAGGAGAGGAAGAGGAGGAGAACACUCUUCACCACCAGUUCCAGAGUGCAGAAUCUCCAGUUCUAAGCUAUGUGUCUUUGAAGAGUGACAGAUCCAUGGCGGAACCUCUUAAAUUCAGUGAUAAAGCAGAAAACUUUCAGCUCAGUAUUUUUAGUAUUUCAGAGAAUGAGCGGAAAAGUGCUGUUCACAAUCAGGCCCAGAGAGCAGCAUCUCCUGUUCCAAGCUAUGUGUCAGUGAAGAGUGACAGAUCCAUGGCCGAACCUCUUAAAUUCAGUGAUAAGGGAAGACCAUUUCAGCCCAGUAUUUUUAGUAUUUCAGAGUGUGAGAGGAAAAGUGCUGUUCACAAUCAGGCCCAGAGAGCAGCAUCUCCAGUUCCAAGCUAUGUGUCAGUGAAGAGUGACAGGUCCAUGGCCGAACCUCUUAAAUUCAGUGAUAAGGGAGGACAAUUUCAGACCAGUAUUCCAGAGAGAGAAGGGGAGAAUGCUGUUCUCGACCAUUUCCAGAGAGCAGCAUCUCCAGUUCCAAGCUACGUAUCUUUGAAGAGUGACAGAUCUAUGGCUGAACCUCUUAAAUUCUGUGAAAAAGCAGGACACUCUCAGCCCAGUAUUUUCAGUAUUUCAAAGAAAGAGAGGGAGAGAGCUGCAUCUCCACUACCAAGCUACAUGUCUUUGAAAAGUGACAGGUCCAUGGCUGAACCUCUUAAAUUCAGAAAUAAAGCAGGACCCUUUCACCCCAGUGGGACAAAGGAACAGGUGGUUCAGGAUCUGUUCAGGUGUCCGUCCGAAGAUUGCGACUGUCUUCAGUGCAGUAACAAAUCUGGAAUAUGUUCCGUUACACACUCUCACAUAGUAGAGUCAAGCUUUGUUGGUGGUGCUCACUGCCACCCUGUAGCUGCUGAUGUGGUCUACGAUGUUUGCUGUGGGAUGCAGCUCGAAGAUGUGGAGCCCUGUGUGACCAGCACACAUGCACUGGAGGUAACUGGAGACCUGCAUGAGGACUCGUACAAACCAGUAGAUGAUAGCCUACAAAAUGUCAAAGAGAAUCACAAAAAAAGCAUGAAGAACAAGUACGAGAGCUUAUUUGAAGGAAUCAACAUACAACAGCAUAAAACCCUCUUGAAUAAGAUUUACACCCAGCUGUACAUAAUAGAGGGAGAGACUGAAGGGGUGAAUGAAGAACAUGAGGUUGUACAAAUAGAAAAAGCUAAGACUGAACGCUUGCAAGGCACUCCAAUAAACUGCAAUUACAUUUUUCAGCCCAUAUCUGAACUAAGUUAUAAAAGGGAGAGAAAAGACGAGAAAGAAAAAAUAAAGACAGUGCUUACCAAAGGCAUUGCCGGAAUUGGAAAAACAGUCUCUGUGCAGAAGUUCAUUCUGGACUGGGCUGAGGGAAAAGCAAAUCAGGAUGUUGAUUUUAUCUUUUUUCUUCCAUUUCGCGAGUUAAACUUGGUUAAAGAUGACCAAUAUAACCUUCACAGACUACUUCUAGACUUCCAUCCAAAACUUCUUGAGUUAGACUCAAAGAUGUAUGAUCUAUGUAAAGUCUUGUUCAUCUUUGAUGGUCUAGAUGAAAGUAGAAUUACAUUGAAUUUUUCUGACAGUGAGAAAGUUUCUGACGUGUUUACGACAUCAUCAUUGUGUGCGUUAAUGUCAAAUCUCAUCAAAGGUGAGCUGCUGCCCUCUGCUCUCAUCUGGAUAACAUCCAGACCAGCAGCAGCCAAUCAAAUCCCUUCACAAUAUAUCAGCCGUGUGACAGAAGUUCAGGGAUUCAAUGACCCUCAGAAGGUGGAAUAUUUCAGGAAGAGGAUCAGCGAUCAGGAUCAAGCCAGCAAAAUCAUCUUGCACAUAAGAAAAACAAGAAGCCUCCACAUCAUGUGUCACAUUCCAGUCUUCUGCUGGAUCUCAGCAUCUGUGCUUCAGAAAAUCCUGGAACAAGAUCAUGGUGCAGAAAUCCCCAAAACUCUAACAGAAAUGUACAUACAUUUCCUGAUAAUUCAGACCAAUAUGAAGAUACAGAAGUAUGAUGAGAGAGAUGAGAGAAAUGGGAAAGAUCCAAAGUUGCUACUGCAGUCAGACACAGAUAUGAUUCUGAAACUUGCUGAACUUGCUUUCAAAGCUCUGAUUAAGGGCAAUGUCCUUUUCUAUGAUGAGGACCUGAGAGAGAGUGGCAUAGAUGUCAAUGAGGCCUCAGUGUAUUCUGGAAUUUGCACAGAGAUCUUUGGGGCAGAAUCAGUUAUCUAUUCAAGGAAGGUCUACGGCUUUGUACAUCUGAGCUUUCAAGAGUUUUUUGCAGCACUUCAUGCAUUUUCCAGCUAUUUACACAAGAACACAGAUGUUCUGAAAAUGUUUCAUAAAAAGAAAAGGAGAGAAAAGUACAAAUCUCAGUCUGAAGGUGUUCCUUUGGAUGUGUUUCUGAAGGAUGUAGUAGAUGAAGCACUGAAGAGCAAAAAUGGCCAUCUGGAUCUUUUCCUUCGAUUUCUUCAUGGCAUCACACUGGAGUCAAAUCAGAGACUUCUUAAAGGUUUGCUAACACGCAUGGAGAACAACCCGGAAAGCAUAAAGAAAGUGAUCAAAAACCUAAAACAAAGUCAAAAACAGGAUGUUAAGCCAGAAAGAUGGAUUAAUCUCUCACAUUGCUUACUUGAAAUGAAGGACAGUUCUAUUCUUGAAGAUAUUCAAGCUUUCCUCAAAUCUGAAGCAAAAAGUAAAAAAUAUCUUUCACCUGCUCACUGUUCAGCUUUGGCUAACAUGCUGCUGAUAUCAGAGGAUGUAUUUGAAGAAUUAAACCUCAAGAAAUACAACACAACAUCCACGGAGGCUCAAAGGAGGCUGGUACCAGCUGUGAGGAACUGCCGAAAAGCUCUAUUGGCAGGCUGUAAUCUCACUGAACAGUCUUGUGAAAUUGUGGCCUCGGCUCUACAGUCUACAAACUCCCCUGUGAGAGAGCUGGACAUGAGUAACAAUGACCUUCAAGAUUCAGGAGUUGAGCUGCUCUCUUUUGGAAUAACGAGUUCACACUGUAAACUGAAGAUACUUAGAUUAAAAUGCUGUAAACUCACCAUGCUGUCAUGCAAAUAUGUGGCUUCAGCUCUGCUAUCAGCAAAUUCGUUCCUGAGUGAGCUGGACCUCAGUAAUAAUGAGCUGCAUCAAUCUGGAUUGGAGCUGCUCACUUCUGGACUGAAGAGUACUAAACUGGAGAUAUUAAGAUUGUCUGGCUGUAAACUCAGUGCUCAGUCCUGUGAGACUGUGGCCUCAGUUUUACAAUCAGUAAACUCCUACCUGAGAGAGCUGGACCUGAGUAACAAUGACCUGCAGGAUCCAGGAGUGAAGCAGCUGUCAACUGGACUGUCAAGUACACACUGUAAAUUAAAGAACCUAAGAUUGGCAAGCUGUAAACUCACUGAUCAGUCCUGUAAAAUUUUGGCCUCAAUUCUACAAUCAGUAAAUUGCCUUCUGAUAGAGCUGGAUCUGAGUAACAAUGGCCUGCAGGAUUUAGGAGUAAAGCUGCUUUCUGCUGGAUUGAAGAGUCCAAACUGUAAGCUUGGGAUUCUGAGAAUGGCCAUCUGUAAUCUCACUCACUUGUCCUGUAAAACUGUGGCAACAGUUCUACAAUCAGCAAAUUCUUUGUUGAGAGAGCUGAACCUGAGCAAGAAUCACCUGCAGGAUUCAGGAGUGGAGCUGCUCUCUGAUGGACUGAAGAGUUCACACUGUAAACUGGAGAUACUGAGACUGUCUGGCUGUAUUAUCACAGACAAAGGCUUUUCUGUUCUGGCAGAAGCUCUGAGUUCAAACCCCUCACACCUGAAAGAGCUGGACCUUAGCUGCAAUCACCCUGGAGAUAUAGGUCAUGUUUUGCUCUCUGCUAGACUGGAGGAUCCAACCUGCAAAUUGGAGAUAUUGAAUGUGGAACAUGAAGGAAAGUUUAGGAUUGCAGCAGGAUUUCGAAGAUACACCUGUGAGCUCACACUGGACCCCAACACAGCACAUACACAUCUCUCUCUAUCUGAGGAGAAUAAAAAGGUUACGCAUGCAGAAAAGCAGCAGUCAUAUCCUGAUCAUCCGGAGAGAUUUGAGUGCUUUCCUCAGGUUCUGUGCAGAGAGAGCCUGUGUAGACGCUGUUCCUGGGAGGUUGAAUGGAGUGGGAAGUGUGGGGCCUACGUUUCAUUGUCAUAUAAAGAAAUCAAGAGGAAAGGAGAGAGCACUGACUGUGAAUUUGGAUCCAAUGAAAAGUCUUGGAGGCUGAUCUGCUCUGAUAACAGCUUCACUGCCUGGCACAAUAAUGAGAGAACUAAAAUACGUCCUCCUUCUUCCUCAUCACGUUCUAAAAGAGUGGGGGUGUAUCUGGACUGGCCGGUUGGCACUCUGUCCUUCUACAGCAUCUCUAGCACACAUAGAGUCACGCACUUACACACAUUUAACUCCACAUUCUCUGAGCCUCUCUAUGCAGGGUUUGGUCUUUAUUCCGGCUCCUCUGUGUCUCUUCUGUCUGUGUCAGAAGUUUCCUGUUAGAAACAAUAUGGAGGUCACACAUAGCACUUUUUUGUUUAGUAAUUUAUACAAUUUCUGAAGGUAAAAAAAAGUGUUUGUAAAAAAUCACAUAAAAAUAACAGGCUACUCUACCUGAGUAUGCGAUGUGAUUGGGCUAGAUAAGAUGACAAACAAUCUGGUAUAACUUUGUUUGCCUACUCUGAUAAACAUAACUAAUGUCAAUAUAAAGAUGAUGUCUUCCUAUUAAUCAAAUUGAUUUCAAAAGAUUAUCCUUCAGUAGUUUUAAAUGUAAAUAAAUAGUCCUAAAUAAAUAAUUUAACUAAAUAAAAGAUGUUUGAGGGUGUGGUUCCGAGACUGUAUUGCUGAUGGCUGUAACCUUAUUAGUAAAAAAUGUGGCAAAGACAUCUGCUGUCAGUGAGGUGUCAGGCAGUGGAGGUGGAGGACAGAGGAGUGUGUUGAAUGUUCUAAAUAAGCUGCGAGUGUCUGUAGUACUGUUGAUCUUGUCUUAACGUUAUCUGAUCUAGAGUCCCUAGAUUAUGCACAAUUUGAGUGAAUUGUAUUUAUGGCCUAGGAGUUUGAAAAAGUAAGUUUUUAAUUCCAUUCAAAAUGGUGGACAGGAAGUAUGGCCGACCAUGGCAAAUCGGGAAUCAUCGUAUUCCACAAAACCCAAGGAAUUAGUGAUUGGUCAUUCACGAAUGAACCGGCUCUUGUAGGUGAAGGUUGAGAGCCGGCUCGCAUAUCAGAAGAGCCAAAUCUAUUUAUAAAUAUAUAUAAAAAAUUAAGAUAUGAAAAAUUAAAAGAUUUAAAUGAAUAGAAUUAACUAAUUAAAAGAACGAAAAAAUAAAUAAAAUAAUAUAGGCAUAAAUGCUCAAGCGCACACACAUUCGUUCUGAUUGUCUGCUCAGACUAACAGCCUUGCUCGCGUGUUGUUCCUGUCAAUCAGACAUGUAGUAAUCAAUGAACCAAAGAUGCGUGAGGGAGGGCGGAGACAAUUUAUUAUGUUGUUCAGAUUGUAUUUGCUUUGAAUUGUUACAUUUAUAUGCAUUUUGUUUAUAUAUAUAUAAAAAAAAAAGUUAUACUUUAAAUGCACAUGUGUAAUAGCAUCCAUUUUUUUUACAUUUAUUUCAAUUUGUGGGAUGCUGCAGUUUUGCAAAUUGUUAUUUAUUUUUCUUUGAUAUGGUGUAAAAUUCUAUUAUGCUGUUCAGAUUGUAUUCAUAUUGAAUGGUUAGAUUUAUAUGCACUUUGUUUAUAUACAAUGAAAAGAUGUUUAAUAGCAUUCUUAUUCAUAAACCAAUUCAUUUUUAAAUACAUUGUGGUUAAGCCUAGAGCAUGAUUUCAUUUAAUAAUUUAAUUAUUGUUUUAACACCAACUUUUGUCAAACUAUCACAAACUGUUUGAAUUGAAAAAAUACAAAA